GAGACGGGAUACGGAUAAAAACGCUUCAGGCCGGAAGUUUGAAGUGAAGAUGGAUAAAAAUGCUCCAGAGAAGCUCGGGAAGAUAGUCACAGCCUUGGAGUCCGAGCUUGGAGUGACUGCCUGGGCUUGCUGGGAUUCUGAGUUCUGUCAUCAGUGUUCCUUCAGACUGAAGAUUUGAAGGAUGAGUGCCCAGGACUCACCCACACUGCUGAAGCUGGCAGUACUGAGACUACUGAAGGAUGAGGCCCUGGCCGUCUCUUCUCUGCAGUACUUGCCCAGGGCUCUCUUCCCACUAUUGUUCAAGGAAGCCUUCAAUCACAGACAAACUAAUGUCCUGAGGGCCAUGGUGGCAGUGUGGCCCUUUCCCUUUCUCCCUCUGGGGACCCUGAUGAAGACUCCCCACCUGGAGAUCUUGCAGGCUGUGCUGGAUGGAGUAGACAUGCUGUGGACACAGAAGGUUCUUCCCAGAAGGCGGAAGCUUCAAGUGCUGGACCUGAGGAAUGUGCACCAUGACUUCUGGGAUGUUUGGGUUGGACCAGAGGAUGGAGGCCGCUCGGCAGAGGCUGUGUGUGAAGAGCAGACAGCGAAGCGCCUUCACAGAUACGUACUGAGGCGGCGUUUGAAGGUGGUCACUGACCUCUGCCUCAGGUUCCACCUGAACGAGCACCAAGCAUACCUGUUGCAGUGGGCCCAGCAGAGAAGAAGUUCCAUUCGGCUGUGCUGUGUGAAGAUGCAGAUUUGGGCUUUGCCUGCGUACACCGUCCGGAAGGUCUUGAUGGUGUUCCAGCCAGACAGCAUCCAGGAGUUGGAACUCAAUACAGGUUGGAGUCUCUCCACUCUGGUGCAUUUUGCAUCUUACCUGGACCAGAUGAGAAACCUACAGAAGCUCCUUAUAACACGGAUUCACAAGAACACCUUCAAGGUACUAAAUACCUCCUCGGACAUACAGAAGUGUAUCACCAAGUUUGUUUCUCAGUUCUCCAAACUCAACUCUCUCCAGCAUCUCUCCAUGAACGGCAUCUACUUUUCCAGUGAGCACAUGAAACAGUUGUUCAGGUACCUGAAGACCCCUUUGGAGACCCUGUCCAUCACAAUGUGCAAGCUUUCACAUUUAGACUUGAGUUCCUUGUCCCAGAGUCAGAGCCUCCAUCAACUCAAACACCUGAAUCUGAGGCUUGUGAAAUUAAUUGACUUACGUCCUGUGCCUUUCCAUGAUCUCCUAAGGAGUGUUGCAGACACUCUGCAGACCCUAGAAUUGGAGGGCUGUUGGAUGGUAGACUCGCAGCUCAUUGCCCUCCUGCCUGCCCUGAGCCAGUGCUCCCAGCUCACCAGGGUCAAUUUCUAUGACAAUGACAUCUCCAUGGCUGUUCUGAAGGACCUUCUGUAUCAUACAGCCAAUCUGAGCCAGCUUACCCAGGAGCUGUAUCCUGCCCCUUUGGAGUGCUAUGAUGACACAGGUGAUGUCCUUAUGGGAAGAUUUGUCCAGCUUUGUCCUGAGCUCAUGGAGACACUUAUGACUAUAAGGCAGCCCAAGAGAGUCUCCUUUGCUACGUAUAUCUGCCAUGAAUGUUGUCAGCGCUGUGUCUAUGACCUGGAGACCAAACUUUGUCGUUGUCGGCAAUGAAUGGUUUGCUUUUGAUACUGAGAAAUGAAAGCCUAGGAACAGGUCUUUCAUCAAGAGAACCCAAAGCAUAUGGCCGCACAAUGCUCACUGUUUGGGAACCCAAAUGGUGUGCAGUAGGGCUAGACUGCAAACACAACUUACGAAGAGCAAUGGGACCCAGGACAGAUGUUUAUGGAAUCAAAAGACAAUCCUACAUUUCUUUUCUUUCAUUCUUUCUUCCUUUUUUUCCUUUAAGAUUUAUUUAUUUUAUACGUGGGUGGUUUACCUGCAUAUAUGUGUCCUUGGUGCCUGUAGAAUUCAGAUGUGGGCAUCGAGUCCCCUGGAUCUUGAGUUUGGGAUGGUUGUGAACCAUCACAAGUCUUCUGCAAGAACAAGUAUUCUUGAUUGGUGAGCCAUCUCUCCGGCCCCAGAUCUGCACUUUCUAAAUAAUUGAGUUCUGUGAGGACAUGAUAAUGAAUGACUUUCUCUUUCCUACAUGGUAGUUGUAAAGUAAAAUGGCCAAAUUUUAGAUGUUGUGGUGUCCUUCUCAGCCAUUAACCUGGUUUUGGUGUUGCUAUUUUCCUGUGGUUUAAGCUGGAAAGACCCUGUGCUGUCUGACCUCUCACCCAAGAUCUGUAGACAUCUGUGACAGCAAACCUGGUUGUCAACUUGACUACAUCUGUAACAACUAGAACUCAAGAUGCUGGAUAUCCCCAUGAGGUAUGAUCACCUUCUCUGGGCAGCAUUUGUAAAGAGGAAGAAGGAAGCCGUGCUGCCAAGUUUGUCUGUCCUCCUUCUUUGGGCAGUAUUCAUUUUCUUCAGGAUUUCAACAUAGACUGAAAAACCAGUAGCUCUCCAGGAGCCUAGGAUUAUAGCACUAGAUUGGGACUGCAGAGACAUCCAGCUUUGUAGAUGAACAACUCCCAGAUCCUUGGCCUUUUCAUUGUAAGCCAGCCAUUGUCAGACUGUGUAGACCUCACUCGGUAAGCCAGUCUAAUAUACCUCAUGUUCUGGAUACAUACGGAGCCAUCAGUUCUGCUCCUUUAGCCUUUGGAGAACCCUGACUACUACAGUUUCAAAGUAAACCGAAAGCAGUCAGAUGUCUUCCCUCCUUUACUUUUGCCUGCGCAUCUGUUACAGUGCACUUGUGUGUCUGCUUAUUUCUUUAGUGUACAAAAUUUCAACCUAAACUGAGCAGUGCAUUCUCCUGUGAGGGGUUUGGGGAAUGGUAGAGGAAUUCAGUCUAGAACACUUAGACUAGGAGGUACUGUGGGCAUACCAGAGAUGGCCAAAGCAAAGUCAGAGAUAACACAGAGCAGAGGCAAUGGGGUCUAAGCCACAUUGCUUAUUACUCUUUAUAUUUCUCUCUUUCAUGGUCAUAUAUUGCCCAGUCUGGCCUUGAAAUCCUCCUGUCUCCACCUUCCUGAAGUAUGGCACCUUGGAGAGCCUGUAGGCACAUGUAAGACCCUAGUUUUCAGGGCUUCCAGUCUCUGGCUGUCCCUUCAAAAAUAAAGGUCUCCAGUAGAUGUCCCUGUCCCCCAAAGGAUUGACAGGCCUUAAGAACUACAUUGUAGAUGUCCAGGAGUAAACUAUUUUAUUUUGUUAAUAAGUAUUAAGCCUAGCCAUUGCACUCCUGUGUAUAAUCUGGUUCAAUAAAGAAUUUUGUUUCAUACCCA